AUGGCCAACCGCGAGGCACCAUGGCGCUCUGCUUUCCUCUCGCACAUCCAGCAGAUGGACUCUGCCACCUUCACCCUCAGCACGCUCCAUCCGCUGGACGGCCAUCAGGUUGAGCCUAGGGCCCGGACCGUCAUCUUUCGAGGCAUGUGGGCUUCUCUGCCAGACAAUCACAGGAACCCGGCCCCGCGGAACCCGGCCGUCUACACCAGUGACCUGCCGGCCAUUACAACAGACGUGCGCAUGGAAAAGCCGCAAUCCACAAUGGGAGGUCCCGUAGAAGCUGUCUUCUGGGCGAAAAGCUCCAGCACUCAGUGGCGGUUGCGAGGCCGGGCGUAUAUUAUCGGCCCAGACAUUGAGUCGGAAGCCGCCGCGCCAGUAAGAGCAGCCCUGCAACCCUGGAUGCGGGCUGUCGGCGGUGCAGACGAGCAGAAAGAUGCGUGGAGCUGGAGCAGAGAACUGACCUCAUGGUUUGGCAACUUGAGCCCCCUGAUGAGAGGCUCGUUCCGAAACCCGCCACCAGGAACUCCUCUGACGCAAGAGCCUGAGCCGGGGCUGGGGCUAGGGCAGGAGGUGGAAGAUGUCAACGAUGCGCUGGCACGAAAGAAUUUUCGAGUGUUGGUCAUUGUUCCAGAGACUAUAGACCAGGUGGAUCUGUCAGACCCCAAGAGAGCGAGGAGAUGGAACCACAGAGCCGAGCUCUCAGAGUCUGAAGUCUCGUGGAGGACAACGGAGCUGUGGCCGUAGAGGUCCGGUAGCCGCAAGAAAAGGAGCCAUGUGCGCUAAUUCACGAGCCGAUAUCCAUAGCGGUUGAAAAAGUGGCCAGAAGAUGGUCUACGUCCCGCAUGUCUGUACUUGAUCUAGUUUAGAGGUAGAUCAGAAG